ACUACCGUAUCCUAAUUUCCGAGAACGUAAUAUGAUGUUACAAAGACAUACAUAACCUAUCUUCAUUCACUUGUGAUAAGAAAAUUUGUGAAUAAUAUUGAGAAAUAUUCCAUAGUAAAUAAGAAUUCAAAUAUGAAGAAUGGAUGAUUUAGAGAAGCACGCUUCUUCCUAUCAGCAGGACCAGGAAAUACUGGAUGCGCGAGGCAUCAACAUGACCGUGGAGGAGGUGGCAGGGCUCCCGACGGUGAAGUACUCGGAGAAGGUGCAGUCCCUGCAGCUCAAUGAGGAGGACUUAUCUUUCCUGAAGGGGCUCCGGAGGCGGAUCAAGAAUCGGUUGGCAUCGCAGAACAGCCGGCGCCGCAGCCUGGAGCACCUGCGGCGCCUGACGCGCGAGCUGCGCUGCGUGCGCGCGCGCCGCGACGCCGCGCUGGCCGAGCGCCGCGCGCUGCUGCGCAGUCGCGACCUGCAGCGGGACCGCUGUCGGGCCUUGAGGUUGCAUAUAUCGCAGGUCCUACAAGAGCGCUCAGACCCCUCCCAACUCCCGGACCUAGAUGACCUAGAAUCUCCAACCCCCAAAGAAAUCAAGACCCCCAGCUCUCCAGACCUCAGCGAGAGCUAUCGAGACCUGGACAAAGAAAGCACCUUCGAAUGUCGCAUCGAAAAACUAGUUCAAAAGAGCGUCAACCAUAUUUUUGAUAAGAAAAAAGUAUCCGCCAAAACUGUCUUCCUAGAUGACAAAAAAUGUUUCCAGGAUGCCUUUAUAAAGGACGAAAUUUUGGACGAAAGAAACGGUGCCUUUUUAAAGGACAAAAUUUUUGAUGGAAAAAACAGUGCCUUCAUAAAGGAAGAAAUUUUUGAUGACAGGAAAGACUUUAUAAAGGAUGAAAUUAGAAAUGCCUUUGUAAAGGACAGUGGAUGUAUAAAGGAGGAGUAUGAUAAGGUACUGAAAGAGGAAAAUGGGGGCGUGUUGGAUCUGUGCGUGAAAGCGAAGAGGAGGAGUCACGGGAGGAAACAGUCGGCGCCGCGGCGGAUCGCGUACGUCGAUGAUUAUAAUGAUGUGGUCCUGGAUUUGAAAAUAAAGAAGGAAAAUCAGUGAUAUUGGUGACAAAUACAAGUAAUGUAAGAAUAAAACUGUAACCAAAAAACCCUAAAGUCAUACCAAGCUAAAGCCUGACCAGUAAUAUAUGAUCACGCGCCAUAUUGCGGAAUUUCAUUGGAACUAAAUUUUUGAUACUAAACUUAACUGUCAUCCUAUACAUGAGACAGACCAGCGCCCUCUUGACAAUGAUCAUAUAUUUUACGGAAGGUGGAGGUAAGGAAAUAAAUCUCCAUGUACCAAAAAGUGUCAUCAAAAAACCUUAAAUAGGUGGCGCUACAAUACCUAGAAUACUUGAACAAAAAAAUCAAAUCAUAGACAGCGCACUUCACUCCGUCAAUAGCGCCUAGGUUAUUGGCUACUCUAGCGCUACUCUGGAGAGAUUUGGAACUAUUAUUUAUAGCUGAUAGCUGGACACUUUUGCAACAGUUCUACCAUAAGAGAUGUCACUCCUCUUAAUUCCACACUCCAUAAUAUAUUUCUGGUCGGGCUUUAUAUUGGCAGCGGUUUUGACAGCCCAGCCUGGGAAAGUGUUCAGUAAACGUCAUAAUUUCAUAGAACAUUUGACGUUCAAAAUAACACCUGUUAAAAUAACUGUCUAGGCUGUCAAAAUCGCUGCUAACUUAUCUUGGUGUGACUCUAACAGUUUAUCCAAAAGUAAACAUAGGAAUAGGUUUUAGGCUUACAUUCAGAAAUACUAUAUCUAGGGCAUCCAAGUUCUUAUUUUUACCUUAUAUUAUUAUAUUUUGUAUUAUGGACUUUUGUCUGAAUUAAAGUGAUUUUAUUUUAUUUAA